UUAAAACCCUAUCGGGGCCUCUAACUCUGUUUGUUGGUCCUCCCUGUGUCAAAGUCUUAAAACCCCGCCGCCGUAGUCCCAACCAUCAUCACGCCGGCCCUAUCACCAGAAUAGGAACAGAUAUAGAUACACCAAUAUCCCUCUGUAUCCAUUCUUUUACAAUUCUAUCAUCAUGUCAGCAAAAUGGCGUGCAUUACAACACCGCCACCGUUACACCUACAGCGCAAUCAUCUUCCCCGAUCACUUCAAACAAACCCUAACCACCACCAUCAACCACCACCACGACGACCCAUCGGCGCGUGCUUUUUACGCGCUACUUUCCGAGCUCAUUUCCCUUAACUCAACUUACUCUCAACUCACUCUCGCCAAAAAAUUCGCUUCCGCUUUCACUCACCUUCUUCAAAACCACACCGACGACCCGUCCGUCGUUUUACGCGCUUCCAGAUUCUACCUCCAAAUCCUCUUCUUCGAAAACUCCGUCCCCAUACACCGAACUCUGGUAUCGGUUUUAUCGAAAGCGCGUGACCUUCACGACCUCAUUCGUGACUGUUUUCGAUCACUCUGCGAAGAGUAUUCGAAUUCCGAGAAUGUCGAGAGUACAAAGAGUAAGAGGUUUUGUGUUUCGAGAGUCGGGUUAUCGAUGAUGGGAACACCGAAAUUAGGGUAUUUAGUUGAAGUAGUUGAAGAAUGUGCGGUUUUGAUGGGAUUAGACGUUGUUUCGGGUUUAAAUAGUGUCGUUUACGAGACGAAUGACGGGUCUAGACCGUCUCCGAUUGUUAUGGAGCAAUGUCAAGAUGCUUUAUCCUGUUUGUAUUACUUGUUGCAACGUUGUCCUUUGAAAUUCGAUAACUUUGAUGUAAUGGAAAUGAUUUUGAAAACGGUUUUGAGUGUUUUGAAAUCAGAAGCGUUUUCGAGAGAUUGUUUUGUGGCUGCAGGUGUUGCUUUCUGCGCGGCUUUGCAGGCAUGUUUGGUUCCUCAAGAGCUUGGGUUCGUGGUUAUGGAAGGUAUGUUUUGCCGUGAUUUAAGUUAUAUAUCGAGUACUAGGUUUAAAGAAUUGGUUAUGAAGGUUCCCUAUCAAGGGGAUUUGUUUAUGGAGAUUAAUGAGUUUCCUUUACUGAGUAGGCUUUGUUUGAUUAGAGGGAUUCUUACUUCUGUACCUAGAACGAUACUCGAUACUCCUUUUGAUGUAUGUGGGUGUGACGAGAGUGUAGUGUUGACAAAAACGAUACUUUACGAUGGGAUUUUGCCUGAAUUAUGCGGGUAUUGUGAGAAUCCGGUUGAUAGUCAUUUCAAUUUUCAUGCGUUGACUGUGAUGCAGAUCUGUCUGCAACAGAUUAAGACAUUGAUGCAAACUAGAGGGAAUGAUGGAUCAGAGAAUUAUGAUCCUAUUUCGGAUGAUAUUAGUGGGCGGAUAUUGAGAAUUAUAUGGAAUAACCUAGAGGACCCGUUAAGUCAAACGGUCAAACAAGUUCAUUUGAUUUUUGAUAUCUUUUUAGAUAUACAUUCUAGUACCUCUUCGACAGAUGGUAAGGAGAGGAUUCAGCUGUUUUUGAGGAAGAUUGCGUCCAAUCUUUUACGUAUGGGUGCACGUUGCAAGGGUAGGUAUGUCCCUUUGGCUUCACUUACGAAAAGACUUGGAGCGAAAACAAUUUUAGAGAUGAGUCCUGAUUUGAUGUUUGAGAUAGCAUGGGCAUAUAUCGAUGAUGAUGUAUGCUGUGCCGCCACAACUUUUUUGAAGUGUUUUCUUGAAUGUUUACUUGAUGAGUUUUGGAGUAGUGACGGAGUGGAAAAUGGGUAUACAAAUUAUAGAAAUGCUUGCUUGCCUCCGUUCCUACAUGGCCUUGCUUUAGGUAAGUCAAAGCUUAGGUCAAACUUAAAUACAUAUGCGUUUCCAGUGAUACUUGGGGUGGAUGUAGACAGUAUAUUUCCGAUGCUUGCUUUUAUAUCCAUUGGUCCUGUUGGAGAAAACACUUUCGUAUCGUUUCCAGAUGUUUAUGGCACAAACAUGAACCUUAGAGUCGAACAGAAGGUGGCAGUUCUUGUUUCACUGCUCAAAGUUUCUCGUUCUCUUGCUUUGAUUGAAGGAGAUGUUGAUAGGUUUGAGAGUGGUGAUUAUGCUCUUCUUUGCGUGAAGGGGAUAAAGGUUAAGGUUCUUGUAAAUUGGCUUGUUUUAGCUUUGACCCAUGUUGAUGAGUCACUUCGCACAGAUGCGGUGGAAUCAUUGUUUUUAAAUCCUAAAACAGCCAGUUUGCCAUCUUCUUUGGAGCUAAGUAUGAUGAAAGAAGCAAUUCCGUUGAACAUGAGGUGUUCUUCAACAUCAUUUCAGAUGAAAUUGACCAGUUUGUUCAGAAAGUUCUUUUCUCGGGUUCGGACUGCAUUAGAGAGACAAAUCAAGCAAGGAAAUUGGAGACCUUCUGUAGUUAAUAAUGGGGAACUCGAAGGAACAGAUGAUGACAGUUAUAAGAGAGCAGAAGCUCUGUUUCUCUUUAUGAAAUGGUUGAGUAGCUUUUUGUUUUUUUCAUGCUAUCCUUCAGCUCCGUACGAGAGGAAAAUAAUGGCGACGGAAAUCAUAUUGAUAAUGAACAAUACUUGGCCAAUUGUACAAGAUUCUGCUUCCGAAAUUGCUUUGAUGACUCCUUAUGAUCCAGGGUUUAUAUCACCUGAAGCAACUUUGUUGCUAGUAGGUUCAAUUGUUGACAGUUGGGAUCGUCUUAGAGAGAAUUCUUUUCGCAUACUGCUUCAUUUCCCGACCCCUCUACCUGGAAUCAUGACCACAGGCAUGGUCCAAGAAGUAAUCAUAUGGGCUAAGAAAUUAGUUUGUAGUCCGCGUGUUAGAGAAAGUGAUGCUGGAGCGUUAACAAUGCGGCUCAUAUUUAGAAAAUAUGUUUUGGAUCUUGGGUGGGUGGUGAAAACGUCAUGUAAUUUAGUUUCUUUUCAUUCACAAAAGUCAAUACUAGGGAAUGGACAUGAUAUACAUUUCUCUCCGGUAAUAAAAUAUGUAAUAUCACUUAUUGAUUGGCUGCGUUCUGCUGUUGAAAUGGGAGAAAAGGAUCUAUCUGAUGCAUGCAAGGAUAGCUUUGUUCAUGGUGUGCUGCUUACACUUCGUUAUACCUUUGAAGAGCUGGAUUGGGAAUCCAAUAUAGUGUUGAGUAAUAUUUCUGGUAUGAAGCAUGCACUUGAGAAAUUGCUGGAGUUGGUCAUGCGAAUAACUUCAAUGGCACUAUCUGUGGUAUCAGCCGAUGCUUGGCAUUUACCCGACAAUAUGGAGGACCUUGUGAAUGACGAUUCGUACACAUGGGAAGUGAGUGGUGAUGUUAAUAUUCCAAUUCCUGUAUUAGAAAAAGAAACAACAGAUACAGAGUCAGUGCAGGAUGUUGGACCAGUUAACCAGGUUAUAAUGGUUGGUUGCUGGCUUGCAAUGAAAGAGGUGAGUCUUCUUCUUGGAACUAUUAUAAGGAAAGUUCCUUUGCCCACAUCAGACAUAUCCGACCCUCAAGGUGGUUUAAGAAUGACUGAUGAUGUAGUGCUCGACUUCAGACAACUAGAGACUAUAGGGAAUCAUUUCCUGGAAGUCCUUAUGAAAAUGAAACAUAAUGGUGCAAUCGAUAAGACGAGGGCAGGGUUUACUGCUUUAUGCAAUCGGUUACUUUGCUCAGACAAUCCGAGACUUGCCAAGUUAACUGAAUCUUGGAUGGAACAGCUUAUGGAAAGAACAGUGGCCAAAGAACAAACAGUGGAUGACUUGCUGAGAAGAAGUGCAGGUAUACCAGCUGCAUUCAUUGCUUUUUUCUUAUCAGAACCAGAAGGCACGCCAAAGAGACUCCUCCCAAGGGCAUUACGGUGGUUAAUAGAUUUAGCCAACAGACCUAUGAUGGAUCAAACUGAAACAAAGCUAACUACUAUGAAGCAGGAAACUGAAAUGAAUGAUAGUAAACUGAAUUCAAAAACUCGAGAUGAGGGCGUUAUCCCCACUGUACAUGCAUUUAAUGUACUUCGAGCAGCAUUCAACGAUACCAAUCUUGCAACGGAUACUUCUGGUUUCUCUGCCGAGGCUAUGAUAAUUGCUAUACGCUCGUUUUCUUCAUCAUACUGGGAGGUCCGAAACAGUGCGUGUCUUGCAUACACGGCCUUGAUUCGUAGGAUGAUUGGAUUUCUUAAUGUACAGAAACGGGAAUCUGCCAGACGGGCAUUGACUGGUCUUGAAUUUUUUCAUAGGUAUCCGUCAUUGCAUCCUUUCUUGUAUAGUGAACUGAGAAUCGCCACAGAGUUUCUAACAGACAGUUCACCACAACCUUUGGGAUCAAACCUGGCCAAGGCUGUACAUCCGAGUUUGUGCCCUAUGUUAAUUCUCUUGUGCAGGCUCAAGCCUUCACCAAUUGCAAGUGAAACUGGAGACGUGUUGGACCCUUUCCUAUUCAUGCCAUUCAUUAGAAGAUGCUCAACACAAAGUAACCUUCGAGUUCGUGUACUAGCAUCAAGAGCUUUAACAGGCCUAAUAUCUAAUGAAAAACUUCCUCUUAUCUUGCUUAACAUUGUGACCGAGUUACCUUCUGGAACAAAGUUAGCUUCUUCAAAUAUGAUUCAUGGCUUGCUAUUACAGUUGAUCUCUCUUCUAGAUAUCAAUUGUAGAAACCUAGCAGAUUUCUCCAAGAAAGAUCAGAUUCUAGAUGAUUUGAUCCAAGUUCUUGCCACGCGAUCUUGGAUCGGGAGUCCGAAGCUGUGUUCGUGCCCAACACUUAACACUAGCUUCUUGCGGGUGCUCGAUAUCAUGCUCAGUAUUUCCAGAACAUGUUAUAAUAGCAAAUGUUUUUCUUCUAUCUGCCAGCUUCUUUUGGAGUUGUCUUCAGAAUGUUUAGAUGCAGAAGCUUCAUUUGGGUUACCCUAUUAUGAUCCAACAAUAGCAGAAUGUAGAAAGCAGGCAGCAGUUUCAUAUUUUAGCUGUGUAUUCCAAACAUCAAAAGAUGUCGAUAAAGAUGAUACUGUUACCUUGAUGUCAUGGAAACACAAUCCUACCACUUUGGGUCUAUUUAUGUCUGAAACAAGUAAUGGGUUUACCAAUUUUCAUAAAAGGCUGAUGCGAUCUUUGUCAGACGUCUCAUAUGAAGUUCGUAUCGCAACAUUGAAGUGGCUUCUUAUGGUUCUUAAAGAUGCAGAGUUGGAUGAUCAUAGAGAGGACCAAUGGAUUAAGAGUGGUUUGAUCAAGUGGAUCAAGCUUCAUCUACAUUCAGAGAUGGUGAAUCUUCUAUCUCUAGAAAAGAACCACAGAUGUACUUGCUGCAUCUUAAAAAUACUUUUCUCUUGGAAUAUGCAAAAUCUGCAGAAAUUAGGCAGUGAUAUAUGUCUCUUAGAAACCAGGUUUGUGGGUAACAUAGAUGCUGAUUCUUUAUUUCGGUUCUGGGAUCAAUUAGUUUCUUUGUACAAAGUCACCCGGCAUGUGAAGACCCUGGAAAUACUUUUAUGCUGUAUGGGAGUUUGCAUAAAACAGUUUGCUAGUAUGUUUAUGAGUCAGUCGGAUCAUAUGCAGAGAUCAAGCAAAGUGUAUGAUUGUAUCAGUUACUAUGUUGACCUUGUCAAGCAGCAUGCCGAUCCAUCAGAGCCUGUUAACAUACGCAAAGCAGCUGCUGAGUCAGUUGUUGCAUCUGGUUUACUUCAGACAGUUGACUUUAUCAGUCAAUAUGUAACCAAGAACUUUGACCAGAAAGAUCUUGCUAACAUGUACGCUUGUAGAACACUCGACAUGUGGUCCACAUGCAUAAAACUUCUAGAAGAUGAGGAUGUUAUCCUUAGAAGCAAACUUGCCAUUGAUGUUCAAAAGUGUUUUUCUACAGAAACAUAUAGAGUAAUUCCAAGCCAAGUGGACAAAGUGAUAAUAUCAAGUUUUGAGCAUCUAUCUUCGAUCUUUGGUAAUUGGACCAACUACUUUGAUUAUCUUUCAAAUUGGAUAUUAAGUGCAUCCAACAAUGUUGUAUCAAGAGGUGAUCUUGUUAGGCGGGUUUUUGACAAGGAGAUUGAUAAUCAUCAUGAAGAAAAGUUACUGCUUUGCCAGAUUUGUUGUUUCCAUCUAGAGAAUCUUCGAAUAUCAAAGUCUUUAGCGGUAGAUGAAAAUGGGGGUUUAGAUCUUCUACACGAAUGGCGAAGUAGAUUUUUCCAGCGGUUAAUGUCAUUUGCGGACCAUGGUGGUAAGCAAGCUGUUGACUGGAUUGGUGGUCUGGGUAACCAUAAAGAUGCAUUUCUACCAGUCUAUUCAAAUCUUCUUGGAGUUUACGCUCUUUCUCGGUGCAUUUUCUAUGGAAAAUUAGAAAACAGCAGUUUGCUGGCGUCUGAAGUUGCUGAUCUUAAAGAUGCCAUCAAACCAUUCCUUGGUAACCCUAUGAUUUAUAACCUUUUUUAUUCCCUGAUUAGACUACACGAGAAACCAGUGAGUGGCAACUUGGCAGUCUGGGAUGGUUUCAAUCCUUAUUUUCUACUCAGGUAAGAUGUUCAUAUUUGACUUGUUACAUGCCAGAGAUAGGUUAUAUGUGUUUUCAUGGGGAGGGUAGAGAUUUUUAUUUUUAUGUUACAAUUGGUAGUCUGUCUGUUGUAGUUUGUUGCCAGGGUUUUGAAAAUCUGCAAAAGUGCAAAGUAAUACCAGAGUAACCACUCUUUGCUUCUUCAUUUUAUUAUUUUUUUGUUAUUUCUCUUCAACACUAGACAUCUCUUCGGUUAGAGGCAAAUGGAUAAUCCACGGACAUCUCACAGACACAGCCUUGGUUGUGCUUUGAUAGAGCACCAUCUUUAAAUAAAUAAUAGAUCUAAACUCUAAAGAAAUAAACUACCGUAUAAGUUGUAAACCUAAGAGGAUACUUGUUGGUGCAUUUCCGGGUUCAUUAUAAAAGUUCAUCUUGAGUCAUUUUUAUAUGUAAUUAUUAAACGAUGUUUUUGUAUGUAAUAAGGUCAAACACGACUAAGUCAACCAGAGAGUUGACCAAGUCUAACUAGACCGGUCUAGGUCUAGGUAGGUCUAGGCCGACCUAGGGUGGUCAAGCUAGACCUUGGCCGAGUUUAUUAGUAUAAAUAGUAGAUUAGACCUUAUGCAAAAGGAAUCUCUCUAGUUCGUAUUUUCGGUUUUUAUAAGCUCGUGUGUUAAUUGUAAUUGUUAUUACCGAAUUAAUACAAGGCUUCGUUUAUUUCA